UAUAUUAGUGAUGUAAAAAAAAGAUAUAAUAGACAUGAUAUAUAAAAUAAGAAUGCUAGUGAAGGCUAGCAAUUGUGUCAAAUAGCCCUUCCCUUUAUGUGGACUGCAUGCUGUUGCUCCAUCAUCAUCUUCAGAAGAGAAGAGAAGAGGAAGCUGCCGUUGGUGCCUUCACUCCUUGGAUGUUCGCCUUCAAAGCACCAUAAAAAAAAUCUCUCAUACAAAGAACAUGUCUUACGAAGAGCCUAAUGUGCCAAAAUGGAGGAAAAUAGCGUUAAGUGAAAACACACUUUUCGGGAUGGGCAACCCCCUUCUGGACAUUUCUGCUGUGGUGGACAAGGACUUUCUUGAUAAGUACGGAUUGAAGCCCAAUGACCAGAUCCUCGCCGAGGACAAACACAAGGCCUUGUUCGAAGAAAUCGUCAAGAGAAAAGAAGUUGAAUAUCAUGCUGGCGGUUCCACGCAGAACUCGGUGAAAAUUGCCCAGUGGAUGAUCCAGAAGCCCCACAAGGUGGCGACUUUCUUCGGCUGCAUCGGCACCGACCGCUUCGGAGAGAUCCUGAAGAAGAAGGCGGCGGAAGCUCACGUGGAUGCCCGCUACUACGAGCAAAGCGAGCAGCCCACCGGCACCUGUGCGGCCUGCAUCACUGGCGAUAACAGGUCCCUGGUCGCAAACCUGGCUGCAGCCAACUGCUACAAGAAGGAGGAACACCUGGACGUGGACACCAACUGGGAGCUGGUGACCAAAGCCAAGGUCUAUUAUAUAGCGGGCUUCUUCCUCACCGUGUCCCCCGAGUCCAUCCUCAAGGUGGCCAAGCACGCGUCGGAAAACAAUAAAAUCUUCUGCAUGAACCUGUCGGCGCCGUUCAUCUGCCAGUUCUUCAAGGAGGGCCUGAUGAAGAUCAUGCCCUACGUGGACAUCCUGUUUGGUAACGAGUCAGAGGCGGCGGCAUUUGGCAAAGAGCUCGGCUUUGAGACGGACGAUAUCGGCGAAAUCACAAGGAAGACCCAGAACCUGCCCAAGGACAACCCGACGAGGCAGAGGGUGGUGGUCUUCACCCAGGGCAGGGACGACACCGUCGCAACCACCGGUGGCAAGGUGACCAUGUUCCCCGUUUUGGACAUCGACCAGAACGAUAUCGUUGACACGAACGGCGCCGGAGAUGCCUUUGUCGGAGGGUUCCUGUCUGCGUUAGUCCAGGAGCAUCCACUGGAGGAAUGCAUCCGAGCGGGACACUACGCCGCUAACGUCAUCAUCAGACGAGUGGGAUGCACCUUCCCCGAGAAGCCGGACUUUCACUAGAUGCAUUCGAGAACAUGAUCGCAUACAGUACAUAUCCGCGUCAGGAUUUUAUGUUUUUCUACUACACAAUCAACCACAAUGGGCACAAUAAACAACAACUUUUUAACCAAAAUCUGUCAUUUGUAUCUUGCUAGCGAUUGGACUUGAUGUCAAAUGUUAUAAAGAUCAGUUUUUAAAUACGAUAUUUUUUGUGCACGGAACAGAGGUCACAAUUUUAUCUGGAUUAUAACGGAAUUUUGUACGGUUGUAAAAGUAUUUGAGAUCUCAAAGUGGGCAAAAAAUCGUGUCUCUGGCUUCAAUUUUGAUGACGUUCUUGCAUUUUUCCGCCGUAGCUUGAACACAAUCAUAAAGACUGACCUCAUUAUUAGAUACUGAUUGUUUUUUUCGGACAAUGUUUCUGAUACUUUUUAUCAUUUUCAUCAUACCAGCCGUUUUUUUUUUGUUGUUGUUGUAUGUAGCUAAUUAAGCUAACCAAAAUUUUGGCCAAAAAUUAAAUAAAUAAAUGAACACAAUCGUAAAGACUGACCUCAUUAUUAGAUACUGAUUGUUUUGUCGGACAAUGUUUCUGAUACUUUUUAUCAUUUUCAUCAUACCAGCCGUUUUUUUUUGUUGUUGUAUGUAGCUAAUUAAGCUAACCAAAAUUUUGGCCAAAAAUUAAAUAAAUAAAUGAACACAGUCGUAAAGACUGACCUCAUUAUUAGAUACUGAUUGUUUUUUUCUGACAAUGUUUCUGAUACUUUUUUAUCAUUUUCAUCAUACCAGCCGUUUUUUUUUUGUUGUUGUUGUAUGUAGCUAAUUAAGCUAACCAAAAUUUUGGCCAAAAAUUAAAUAAAUAAAUGAACACAAUCGUAAAGACUGACCUCAUUAUUAGAUACUGAUUGUUUUGUCGGACAAUAUUUCUGAUACUUUUUAUCAUUCUCAUCAUAGCAGCCGUAUUUUUUUGUUGUUGUUGUAUGUAGCUAAUUAAGCUAACCAAAAUUUUGGCCAAAAAUUAAAUAAAUAAAUGAACACAAUCAUAAA